AAUAAACUAAAUAAUUUUUAUUAAAACUUGUGUCGUCGCAUUCUAAAACUAUUUUUGGUGGACGGCGAGAGUAUUAUUUAAAUUAUAUUAUAUAUUUAAAAUUUAUAAAAUAUAUAAUAAAAAACCCUAAUUUGAAAUUUGAUGUGUGCGUUUUUGAGCGUGCGCUUCUUUCUUUUCUUCCGUCUUCUUCACUUCUCCUGCCAAUCUGAACCGCCGCCGCCGCCUUCGACUGCUAAGUUCCACUGCUGCGGCGCUGCCAUCGACCGCCGCGGACCCCCUCUCUCUCGAAAUUUGUUUCAGCAGCGCCACCGUCGACCGCUGCUCGCCUGCCGAGCUGCAGCGCCACCGUCGACCGAAAGAAUAAUCGAUAAUCCUGAAAAAUCAGAGACCAGAAUGGUGGGCAGCAAUGACAUGAUUAUGUUCGACUCGUUGGCUUCAUCCAUCGAAAGUGGCCAAUUUGGUUGCAAUUUUACCGGCAUAAAUGCUGGUUGCAUUAUUUUUCUAUAUAUAGUAAUAGAUGCUAACCUUCUAUUAUAUGUAGACGCCCAUCAUGACUUCAAAUCCAGAUAGUGACUCGCAGAAUGCUUCUUCAUCACAAGAUGCAUCAAAGCCCCCGAUUCAGACUAUACAUUUGCCUACAAUGGAGGAAAUUCAAGGCCAGGAUAUUUGGAAUAAUUGUGCUGUCCGCAGUGUUGUCAGUGGAGUUAUGGGAGGUGGAUUGGGAUUGGCUAUGGGAUUGUUUCUUGGAGCCUUGGAUAAUCCACUCAUGCAAGAUCAAAUGACUGGAAGACAGCAACUGAUCUAUCAAGCAAAGCAGAUGGGUCAGAGGAGCUGGAGUUCCUGCAAGGCAUUUGCCGUUAUGGGUUUUGUCUUCUCUGCAGCUGAAUGUGUCGUUGAGAAGGCCCGGGCCAAGCACGACAUUACAAAUACAGUAGUUGCGGGAUGUGUAACUGGAGGUGCUAUAUCCGCUAGAGGUGGGCCAAAAGCAACAUGUGUUGGCUGUGCUGGCUUUGCUGCAUUCUCGGUCGUUAUAGAGAAGUUUUUAGAAAGACAUACUUGAAGAGGCAGCGCGUCACUUGAUUCUAUCCGCUACACUUGAUGUGAAGAUGGUAGUGACAGUAAUACUCGUAUAUUUAACUUCGACAUGCAUAUAACUAGCGGUUUUAUUUGAGUUUUAAUGGCCCCAUGGCGAUCUAGGGAUCCAUUCGGUGACUCUAAUAAACGUAGAUCAUUUUUUGAUACCCUCACGCUACAUUAAAUACUGGCUUACUGCUGCAAUUUCUCGGAGGAUACAUCAGUAAGAGGCUUGCUCGUUUUUCCUAAUCAGCUAUUAAUAUUUAGAUGACCAUCUUUGUUA